GCUUGCAGUUGCAGAUAAUUUUGGAUGGCAUUUUAUGGCUCCAAUUUCUCCGACGUCUUCCUCCAGCUCUGCAGCCUCCUCAGCUCCGACCGGCUGAAACUGGACGGGCAGCGGGACUGCGGGAGCCACCUCCAUGGCCUCGGCCGCAACCCUCCCCAAGCUUCUUCAGUCGAGGCGAGGAUGCCGCAGCUACUUUCAGGUCCCGCUCUCGCACUCUCCCUAGUGAAGGUGAUCGACCCAGUUCGUGCGCGCAUCAACGUAUGCGGUGCCUGCAAGGGCCGGAUACCCGCGCGGGGGUUGCUUGUUUCCAGUGGAGGAACGGGUUUGAGGCACACAUUCCAUCCGGUGUCUGCAGUUGGAUCAGGCCGGGACUCGUCGAUCACUGAGGCCGAGAGGAAGAGCGACCUGUCGCUGGAGAACGUCAAGACGUCCAUCGUGUCGCGCGACGAUGAAAUGAUCAAUGUACGAGUACAGUUGCCUGGGAAGGCAACGCAAAAGAUUUUUGAUGAAGCCCUAACAUUCUUGGCUCGUGAUGCACCGCCGGUUCCUGGUUUCAGAAAGUCCAAGGGAGGGAAAACAUCAAAUGUAAGUGCCUGCAAACCUCAGUUUUUCCUAUACCCAGCAGCAUCCUCCUGCAGAUGCUCGGCAAAAGCCGGGUCACCAAGUUCGUCCUUCAGGAGAUACUCACCAUCACCAUCGAAGAAUUUAUCAAGAAGGAAAACCUCAAGGUGAACCCAGAGAUCAGGACGACCCAGACCGAAAGCGAGAUGGAGUCGGUGUUCACGCCGGGUUCGGCAUUCGUGUUCAAUGUUGUCCUGCAGCUAGAAAAGUCCGACUCUGAUGAGGAUUCAGAGGAGCAAUCUGAAUCUUCAGAGUAGAAAGAACUGGCUAUCCCCUGCAUACAUUUAUCACCCCAUGUGCUAUCUCUUAUGAAUGUAUUAAUUGGAAAGUCGUAGCAACUGUUUUGAUCUUGCAAGUUGCAACUGAAACAUUUCUGAAGAUAUGAAUAGCCGCACUGAACAUGAACACACAGAGAACA